AUGCUGUGGCGGCCUCUACAGUAUCGCCUCCCGGCUGUCUUUGCCAGUCGCGAAAUUGUGCGAUGCCGGCUUCCUCAAUCAUACACUUGGUCAAGACGUCACUUGUCUAGCUCCUCAACUACAUUUCCCACAUUGUCUCAAUUCAACCGGUCAGAAUUUACGAGCCAGCCCUUUACUGGCAGUUAUGAGACUGGGGGUCCUACUCCCGGGCCAUUGGGGUCAACCCCGGCGUUUGGCGCCCCGCGCAUCACACCAAAAGUGUUGAAACAGUAUCUCGACCAAUAUGUUGUCGGCCAGGAUCGCGCAAAAAAAGUGCUUAGUGUUGCAGUGUACAAUCAUUAUCAGCGUGUUCAGGAGCUAGUACGUCGGGAAGAAGAAGCAGCCGAAGCUUUCGCGAAGCGUCAGCGGAGGGAAGCACUCGAGAGUCAUCCCUUAGACGAUAAUUUUCCAACUCCGCACAAGACUGUCGGUAUACCGCAAGCUCCCAAACCCCGCCAGAUCACUCCUUUAGAGCAACCAGCUGCCGAUAGCUCGCCGCUACACCUAGAAAAGUCCAAUAUCUUGUUACUCGGUCCAUCUGGUGUAGGAAAGACACUUAUGGCCAAGACCCUUGCUCGUGUACUCUCUGUGCCUUUCAGUAUAUCCGACUGCACUGUGUUUACCCAAGCCGGUUACAUUGGAGAGGACGCCGAAGUGUGUGUUCAUCGACUUUUAGCAGCCGCAGAUUACAACGUGGAGCAAGCAGAGCGAGGAAUCAUUGUCCUUGACGAGGUGGACAAAAUUGCAGCAGCAAAGGUUAGCCAUGGCAAGGAUGUCGGCGGUGAAGGAGUUCAGCAGGCGCUCCUCAAGCUUAUCGAAGGCACAACCGUGCAAUUCCAAGCCAAGCCAGAGAAGAAUCCUCGCGCAACCAGUCCUUCCAACGGCUAUCCGUCUAACAGUCCGUUAGGCAAUGGGCCAUUCCAACCUAACAAUCCCAGCCCAGCAGCGAAGGGAGAGGUGUACAAUGUGCGCACGGACAAUAUCUUGUUCGUGUUCUCUGGCGCCUUUGGUGGACUACACAAAACCAUCAUGGACAGAAUCUCCCGCGGAUCUAUUGGAUUUGGCCAGCCAGUUCGCACUUCUUCAAACACCAACGAUUUCCCUGGUUCUCCAAAUAUUUCUCCCACCCAGCCGCUUCCUAUCCUCCCUGGAUCCGAGGAAGAAGCACUAUACAAGAAGCACCUUCCCUUCUUCAGCUCUGCCGCCCCAGCUGGUUCUGGCGCUGAGCCUACCUAUUUUAACGCUUUAGAUCUUUUGACACCUUCAGAUCUGCAAAGCUAUGGCUUCAUUCCAGAGCUAAUCGGCAGGAUUCCCGUCACCGCCGCUCUCUCCACAUUAUCUCAAUCCUUACUUAUGCGCAUCCUCACUGAGCCGCGCAACUCUCUUCUUGCCCAAUACGCAAUGUUAUUCUCUCUCUCGGGCAUCGAAUUGCGCUUCACAACCCCCGCACUUCACAAAGUCGCCGCAAAUGCCUUUAAAAUGGGCACUGGUGCACGUGCUCUUCGAAGUGAACUCGAGAUGAUUCUGAGUGAGCCCAUGUUCGAAGCCCCCGGCUCGAGUGUAAAGUUCGUGCUCGUCACACAGGCUGUGGCCGAGCGCAAGGAAAAGCCUAUAUAUCUUGCUCGUGGACAGGGUGGUCGAUUCCACGCUAUGAUUGCUUCUGAGGAAAGCCAGUGGGAUGAGAAGAAUAACGGAGAAAAGAAAGAACAUGAUAAGAAGACGAAAGACCAGGAUGGUGCGGAUGGCUCCAAUGCGUCGAACUUCCAAGAGUAUCGGAACCAAGCAAUUGGUUAA